AUGAUCUUCGCCGUCCACCAACUUCAAGAGAAAUGCCAGGAGAUGCGGACCCACCUGUACUCUGCCUUCGUGGAUCCAACAAAGGCCUUUGACGCGAUGAAUCGUGAAGGACUGUGGAAGAUCAUGCAGGAAUUUGGCUGUCCCGACCGAUUUAUGCAGAUGGUGCGUCCGCUGCACGAUGGUAUGAUGGCGCGAGUCACGGACAACGGAGCUGUCUCAGAGGCAUUCGCAGUGACUAACGGAGUGAAGCAGGGCUGCGCGCUUGGGCCUACCCUCAUCAAUCCUAUGUCUUCUGCAUUGUUGAUGGACGCCUACCGUGACGAACGCCCUGGGAUCCGCAUCACCUACAGGACAGACGACUAACUCCUCAACCACCAACAGAUGCACUUCCAGUCGUGUGUAUUCAUAACUAUCGUCCAUAAACUUCUCUUCCCAGACGACUGCGCCCUCAACGCCACCUCGGAAGGGGACAUGCAAAUGAGCAUGAAACUCUUCGCCGCCAGCUGCAACAACUUCGGCCUGGUCAUCAACACGGACAAAACGGUGGUUAUGCAUCUAUUACCACCCGACGCUGCUUACGUCGCACCCAAAAUCAACACGAACGAUGUCCAACUGCAGUUCGUGGACAACUUCACCUAUCUGGGCAGCACUUUCUCUCGCCAGCCCGAUCCCCAAAGCUAG